AGUUGCGCGUCGCGAGACGGGACGUCGCUGACGCCGGCCGCCGCCGCCGCCGCGUUCGAAACGUUAAUCGCCGCGAUCGCGAAACCAAGUAGAGAUAUCACGUCGAUUCCGGUACACUUCACCCGAACCACGACAUCGAGUGUUCCAGUGGCGGCGGACUUCACGGAUUUUGAAACACGGACGUGGUUGGGAUGUCUGCGGCUGUCGACGGGUAGCUAGGAGGUUUCCCGACGGUGCGGAAUAAAGUGUCCAGGGGAAGGAGCGCGAUGCCGGGACGCUCGUAGGAGGGCUCCGGGAAAUGUUCGCCGCAGACAACGCAGCGAGAGCAGCGGACACGGCCUAGCGGACAUGCGGCCGACGACUAGGGGCUGGACCGCCCUCCUGGCGUCGCUGCUGGCGGUGCUGGUGACCGAGAGUCGGCUGACGCUCGCGGCCAAAGACGUCCCGCUGUACCACGUGCGGGCCGUGGCGGGCGACGCGGUCUACCUGCCCUGCGACAUCUCCACCGUCGCCCGCGGGGACGCCGUGCUGCUGGUGCUGUGGUACAGGGAGGACCUGGGCACCCCGAUAUACAGCGUGGACACGCGCGAGAAGGACUUCUCGCAGGCGGAGCGCUGGUCGGACGAGCGCGUGUUCGCGAACCGCGCCUACUUCAUGGUCGACAAGCAGCCGGCAGAGCUCGGCAUCGACCACGUGCAGGAGGCUGACGGCGGCGUGUACCGCUGCCGCGUCGACUUCAAGGUGGCGCAGACCCGCAACAGCAAGGUCAACCUCACCGUCGUAGUGCCACCUCAAAAGUUGGUAAUCCUGGACGAAAAUGGCGUCGAGCGAACUUCGGUGGUUGGUCCCUACGCCGAAGGAGCGUCACUGAAACUGCGUUGUGUCGUACACGGGGGAAAGCCCAAGCCUACGGUGCUGUGGUACAGGAACGACGAGAUGCAGAGCGCCCAAGAGGAGGCGGGGGAUGUCGGCGACCAAGUGCGCAGUGAGCUGGUGAUCAUGAACCUGGGGCGAGAGGACCUGCACUCGCAGCUCCGGUGCGUGGCGAGAAACAACAACAGGACACAGCCGCUGGAGGCCACCGUGCACGUCGACAUGAACUUUGCACCGCUGGACGUGCGGAUACUGGGGGCGGAGCAGCCCCUGUCUCAAGGCCGGCGCUACGACCUUCUGUGCCAGUCCUCGGGGUCCAGACCUCCUGCCAGCAUCACCUGGUGGAGGGAUGGCCACCGGCUAGAAGGAUCCAAAGAGACAACGGCCAGCGACGGCAACACGACGACCAGCACGCUGACUCUGCGGCCCUCCAAGGAGGACGCCGGCAGGUACCUGUCCUGCCGCGCCGAGAACACGGUCCUCUCCAGCGAGGCCCUGGAGGACGGCUGGAAGCUCGACAUACAGUAUGUUCCGGAGGUCAAGAUAAAUUUGGGCACGUCGCUCAACCCUAACACCAUCCGAGAAGGGACGGACGUUUAUUUUGACUGCACGAUCAAUGCCCAUCCACCGAUAUACAAGGUUGAGUGGAGGCACAAUAAAAAAACCCUGAGCCACAACACCAGUCAGAGAGUGCUGAUCAGCAACCAGUCCCUAGUGCUGCAGGGCGUGAGCAGGGCCAGUGCUGGGAACUACACGUGUGUCGGCUACAACACCGAGGGGGACGGCGAGAGCGCACCUUUCUACCUGAACGUCAUGUAUGCCCCGACGUGCCGACCCAGCCAGACGAGGGUGCACGGCGUGGCCAAGCAGGAGAAGGUGAACAUAUCGUGCGAGGUGGAGGCCAACCCCUCCCAGGUCACCUUCCGCUGGAUGUUCAACAACUCGGCGGAGGCGGUGGAUGUUCCAUCGGCGCACAUCCACCUGCAGGGGACCUCCAGCGUGGUCUCCUACACGCCCAUGACGGACCUGGACUACGGCACUCUCCUGUGCUGGGCCGCCAACACCAUCGGCAACCAGCGCAAGCCCUGCGUCUUUCACAUCAUCCCCGCUGGUCGGCCGGACUUGGUGCGCAACUGCUCGGUCGCCAACUCGUCGAUGACGUCGUUCUCGAUCCGCUGCCAGGAAGGCUACAACGGCGGCCUGCCGCAGUCCUUCCUGCUGGAGGUGCGCGACUCCAGCAGCCACGAGGUGCGCGUCAACAUGACCGGCUCCUACCCUCGCUUCUCCGUCGCCGGGCUCGACCCGUCCAGCCACUACCUCGUCUACGUGUACUCGUUCAACCUGAAGGGCCGCAGCGAGCCGGUGGUCACGCAGGCCUCCACGCUGCGGCUGCCCGAGAAGCAGCUCACGGCCGAGAAGGAGCGGCCGAGGACCGGGUUCCGGUUCACGCCGAUGAUGAGCGUGCUGGUCGGCAUCUUCACGGCGCUGGUGAUCGUGGCCGUGGUGAUCGUGCUGGUGCUGAGGCUGCAGUGCUCUCGCAACGAGGACCGCCGCAAGAGGCACAAGGCGGCGGAGCAGCGCUGUGGCGGCAGCAGCGGCAGCUCCGGCGACAAGGGCGGCAGCAGCCCCGUCAGCAAGCUGGACCCCGGGGGGAACGAGAGCGGCGACAGCGACGAGAAGAACCCCGACAUCAUCCCGCAGCCCUGCAGCGUGGAUAGCGAGGAGCACGCGGACUUCGUGCGCAAGCGGCAGCACAUAUCAACCAUCGAGACCAUGUCGCCCUCCAGGAGCCUGCUGCAGCAAGACCUGCCGGGCCACGGCUACCCGGGCUACUGCACCCUGAGGAACGGCAUGCCUCUGCAGGAGCUCAACAGCAUCGGCGCCAAGCAGAAGAUGGUGAGUGUGCCUAUUUCUUGCACUGUCCUGAAACCAAAAGAACUGAAAGAUUUAUGA